CAACAUGGAUUGUCACAUCUCCCGCCGCCUCCUCCUCCUGCUCGGGGCUGCGCUCGGCUGCUUCGGGGAUCUGAUUCUCCAUCCCACCAACGAAGUUAAUCUGCUGGAUUCAAAAACCAUUCAAGGGGAGCUGGGCUGGAUCUCCUACCCGGCACAUGGGUGGGAAGAAAUAAGUGGAGUGGAUGAGAACUAUACUCCAAUCAGAACCUAUCAAGUUUGCAACGUUAUGGACCAUAGUCAGAACAAUUGGCUGAGGACAAACUGGAUACCACGUAACUCAGCUCAGAAGAUCUAUGUGGAGCUCAAGUUUACCUUGCGGGACUGUAACAGCAUCCCACUUGUCCUGGGCACUUGCAAGGAGACUUUUAACCUGUAUUAUAUGGAGUCAGAUGAUGAUCAUUCUGUCAAAUUUAGAGAACAUCAGUUUUCUAAGAUUGAUACCAUUGCUGCCGAUGAGAGCUUCACUCAGAUGGAUCUUGGGGAUCGAAUUCUCAAGCGAGUGUACUUUAAAAAGUGCCCUUUCACUGUGAAAAACCUGGCCAUGUUUCCAGAUACUAUUCCUAUGGACUCCCAGUCAUUGGUGGAAGUGCGAGGUUCUUGUGUUAAUCAUUCCAAAGAAGAAGAUCCUCCCAAAAUGUACUGCAGUACAGAAGGAGAAUGGCUAGUUCCCAUAGGAAAGUGUUUGUGUAAUCCUGGCUUUGAAGAAAGAGGUUAUUCCUGCCAAGCUUGCCGAUCAGGGUUUUACAAAGCCUUUGCUGGUAAUGUGAAGUGUGCCAAAUGCCCGCCUCAUAGCUCUACAAGUGUGGAGGGUUCUACAAACUGCAAGUGUGAAAAGAACUAUUUUCGAUCAGAGAAAGAUCCCCCAUCUAUGGCUUGCACAAGACCACCCUCUGCUCCCAGAAAUGUUAUUUCUAAUAUCAAUGAAACAUCAGUUAUCCUAGACUGGAGCUGGCCUUUGGACACUGGGGGCAGGAAAGAUGUCACCUUCAACAUCGUAUGCAAGAAAUGUGGAGGGACUGCCAAGCUGUGUGAACCAUGCCGUGCCAAUGUAAGAUUUAUUCCCCGUCAGACUGGACUCACCAAUACCACUGUGACUGUAGUAGACCUCCUGGCACAUACCAACUACACAUUUGAGAUUGAUGCAGUUAACGGAGUUUCAGACUUGGGUGCCCGGACAAGACAAUUUGCUUCUGUCAGCAUUACAACUAAUCAAGCUGCUCCAUCCCCCAUCACAAUAAUUAGGAAAGACCGGACAUCUAGAAACAGCGUGUCUCUGUCUUGGCAAGAACCGGAACAUCCUAAUGGGAUCAUCUUGGACUACGAAGUCAAGUACUACGAAAAGCAGGAGCAAGAGACAAGUUACACCAUUCUGAGGGCAAGAAGCACCAAUGUCACUAUCAGUGGCCUCAAACCGGACACCACUUACGUUUUUCAAAUCCGAGCCCGAACAGCUGCAGGAUAUGGGAGCAACAGCCGCAAGUUUGAGUUUGAAACCAGCCCUGACUCUUUUUCCAUUUCCAGUGAGAAUAGCCAGGUUGUGAUGAUUGCCGUUUCAGCUGCAAUAGCAAUUAUUCUGCUCACAAUUGUGGUUUACAUCCUGAUUGGGAGGUUCUGUGGGCAUAGUAAAUCAAAUCACGGCACUGAUGAGAAGAGACUAUAUUUUGGCAAUGGGCACUUAAAACUUCCAGGCCUCAGAACAUACGUGGAUCCACAUACCUAUGAAGAUCCCAAUCAAGCCGUCCAUGAGUUCGCAAAGGAGCUAGAUGCUACUAGUAUUGCCAUUGACAAAGUUGUUGGAGCAGGUGAGUUUGGAGAAGUAUGCAGCGGCCGCUUAAAACUACCUUCAAAAAAGGAAAUUUCAGUGGCAAUCAAAACUCUGAAGGUUGGCUACACAGAGAAGCAGAGAAGAGACUUCCUAGGAGAGGCAAGCAUCAUGGGACAGUUUGACCAUCCCAACAUCAUUCGGUUAGAGGGAGUUGUCACCAAAAGUAAACCUGUCAUGAUUGUUACUGAGUAUAUGGAAAAUGGCUCUUUGGAUAGUUUCCUAAGGAAACAUGAUGCUCAGUUCACAGUCAUACAACUUGUGGGAAUGCUUCGAGGAAUUGCAUCUGGCAUGAAGUAUUUGUCAGAUAUGGGUUAUGUACAUCGUGACCUGGCUGCCCGCAACAUUCUCAUCAAUAGUAACCUGGUAUGCAAGGUCUCUGAUUUUGGCCUCUCCCGUGUUCUGGAAGAUGACCCAGAAGCUGCUUACACAACACAGGGGGGAAAGAUUCCAAUCCGAUGGACAUCGCCAGAGGCCAUUGCUUACCGCAAAUUUACAUCAGCCAGUGACGCAUGGAGCUAUGGGAUUGUUCUCUGGGAGGUGAUGUCCUACGGAGAGAGACCAUAUUGGGAGAUGUCCAAUCAAGAUGUAAUUAAAGCUGUGGAGGAAGGGUACCGCUUGCCACCACCCAUGGACUGCCCAGCUGCCUUGUAUCAAUUGAUGCUGGACUGCUGGCAAAAAGACAGAAACAACAGACCAAAAUUUGAGCAGAUUGUCAGCAUCCUGGACAAGCUGAUCCGUAAUCCCAGCAGUCUAAAAAUAAUCACCAGUGCGGCUGCAAGACCCUCAAAUCUCCUUCUGGACCAAAGCAGCAUCGAAAUUUCAGCUCUCCGCUCUACCAGUGACUGGCUCAAUGGUAUUCGGAUAGGACAAUGCAAGGACAUAUUCACAGGAGUAGAAUACAGCUCGUGUGAUACAAUAGCUAAGAUUUCCUCAGAAGAUAUGAAGAAGGUUGGUGUGACAAUUGUUGGGCCACAGAAAAAGCUCAUUAGCAGUAUUAAAUCUCUAGAAAUGCAUACAAAGAAUGGCCCCGUUCCUGUGUAAGAUACCAAAAUGUCAGUACUCAGGACAUCACUACAAGAAAUGAGAAGUUGCUGCAAAAGGGCAUGGUGACGAGUGUGAAACUGCAAGAUGUAACAGGCACUCUUGUAAACAAACUGAAAAUAUUACAUUCAGGUGGACACCUCAGGUCCAUCAAGAGACUCAUCUGCUGAGUUAAACUGCCUUAAAAUAGAAAUGAAAACUGUUUUUUUUUUCAUAUAUUCUUUCUCCCCUUGUAAUAAUAAACUGCUUAAACAUAUCAUGUAAAUGGGAAAAAAAUUCUUCCAAGAAACUUAGAGCCAUGAUAAUAUUAGGGAACUGAACACCACAGGCAAAAACAAACAAACAAAACCGUGGGUGUGCUUUGCCUGAUAACAGUGGCAAGGGGAGGAAAGAAAACCCUUGCAGUAUUUUUUAUAUGCAGAAAGGAUAGGUGAUUAGUAUUUUAUUUCUUUAAAACCUGACUCUUCUAAUGAUAUGUGGGGACAAUACCUCAGACUC